UUUGUCCCGAUCCUCUGACCAGCCGUGCGUGGCACGGAGCCGGCACCUGCGGGCACAGCGAUGAACAGGGCAGACGUGGCCAGGUGACACUUCCAUAAGCUCCUUCCCCAACCCUGAAAAAUAGCUCCUGAGAUCUGAACUACAGACCAUCAUUUUAAUUGGACCAACUGCAGCUGAGACAAGCUUCUCUUUGAGGUCACAAUGACCACCAAAGUCAGGGGAUCUUUAGGCCUCAUCCCCAGGAGUGCUGUUUUCCAGAAGCAGGAGGGGCGCCUGACUGUGAAGCAGGAGCAGGGGAGCCAGACCUGGGGACAAGGCUACAGUCUCCAAAAGAACCACCCUCCUGUCUGUGAAAUCUUCCGGCUGCACUUCAGGCAAUUAUGUUACCACGAGAUGUCCGGACCACAAGAGGCACUGAGCCGGCUUAGAGAGCUCUGCCGCUGGUGGCUGAUGCCAGAGGUACACACCAAGGAGCAGAUCCUGGAGCUGCUGGUGCUGGAGCAGUUCCUGAGCAUCCUGCCUGCGGAGCUCCAGACCUGGGUUCAGCUGCAUCACCCUGAGAGUGGCGACGAGGCUGUGGCUGUGGUGGAGGAUUUCCAGAGACAUCUCAGUGGACCAGGAGAGGUUUCAGCCCCAGCGCAGGAACAAGAAAUGCAUUUGGAGGAGACAACAGCUCUGGGUGCAACAAAGGAAUAUCUUCCUACCUCACCCCUCCGUGGGGGCUCAGCCCCUGGAGCCCACCUGGAGACUACACAUGACCCAGGGGCACAGCAACUCCCUAAUGGGCACUUUGCUCAGCUUGCUUCCCCAGUUCCUACCCAUCCCCAAGUGGGGAGCUCAGGAGACCAAGGAGCAGCAACUGUGCUUCAGAUGGUCAGGCCCCAGGAGACUGUGGCGUAUGAGGACCUGUCUGUGGGCUAUCUUCAGAGGAAGUGGAAGGGUCUGGCACUCAGUCAGAGAGGCCUGUCCUGGAACAUCAUGCCAGAAAAUUACCACAGCGUGGCCUUAUUGGUGGAUGAGAAGAGGAUGGAGAGCUCAGAGUUGACUCCAAAGCAGGAAAUUUCUAAAGGAUCCGAAUCAUCUGAUACAACAUCAGGGAAACCAGAGGCUGGAGAUGUCUGUGAAGACACUUUAGAGAAACUAGAAGGGCAACCCUCAGAUGAAGAAGGGAGCAGACUGGAAAGUGAUUUCUUGGCAAUAACAGUCAAGGAUAAGAGAAAAUCCACAAAGGACAGAUGUGAGGAAUAUAAGGAAGUAGAGGAAAACACAAAUCUGUCCUUCGGUCCUGCUGAACAUGAAGUAGUUCUAAAGGGACAGAAAUUCUAUCAAUGUGAUGAAUGUGGCAAAUCUUUCAAUCGGAGUUCACACCUCAUUGGCCACCAGAGAAUCCACACGGGAGAGAAACCCUAUGAGUGUAAUGAGUGUGGUAAGACCUUCAGGCAGUCCUCUCAGCUAAUUGUUCAUCUCAGAACCCACACAGGAGAAAAACCCUAUGAAUGCAGUGAGUGUGGAAAGACCUAUCGACACAGCUCCCAUCUCAUUCAACACCAGAGACUCCAUAAUGGGGAGAAACCUUAUAAAUGUAAUGAGUGUGGGAAAGCUUUUAAUCAGAGUUGCCAACUCAUUGAUCACCAAAGAACCCAUACUGGGGAGAAACCUUAUGAAUGCAAUGAGUGUGGAGAGGCAUUUAUUCGGAAUAAAAGUCUUGUCCGACAUCAGAUUCUUCACACUGAUGGUGAAACUGGGACUGAGGAGGUGUUGAUUCCAAAGCGUCAUUCCUGAAAAAUCAGAAUCGCAU